AACUAGACCUAUCGUUUUUGUUAUUGUUCAACGCUACUACUAGUACUACUUUACUUACAAGUUACAAUCAUAAAACAGGACUUGAAAAUUGACAAUUGUACAUAUUAAAUUAAAUAUUAAUAUUGUAGUUCACUUUUGACGUAAAACAAGAUCUCACUGCUCAAGAAAAAGUAAUUGUAAAUCAUUCAAUAUGUCUUAUAUGUUAGCGCAUUUGUUUAACGGCUGGCAAGUCGAUCAAGCAAUUCUUUCGGAGGAAGAUAGAGUGGUUGUUAUUCGUUUUGGUCACGAUUGGGAUCCUACAUGUAUGAAAAUGGAUGAAGUUUUAUAUAAUAUUGCAGAAAAGGUGAAAAACUUUGCAGUUAUAUAUUUAGUUGACAUCACCAAAGUACCGGAUUUUAAUAAAAUGUAUGAAUUGUAUGAUCCAUGUACAGUUAUGUUUUUCUUCCGUAACAAACACAUUAUGAUUGAUUUGGGUACCGGAAAUAACAAUAAAAUUAAUUGGGCACUUGAAGACAAACAAGAAAUGAUAGAUAUCGUUGAAACAGUGUAUAGAGGUGCCAGAAAAGGACGUGGUUUAGUUGUUUCUCCUAAAGAUUACUCUACUAAAUACCGUUAUUAAAUGUUUAGUAUAGUAUGUACUAGUUUAAAUCCUAUAUAAUUCAUCUAAUGUUAAUAUAAUGUAUUGUGUGUGUGUAUAUAAUAUAUUUGUGUAUCUUAAUUUAAUGUUUUAAUUCACUUCAAUAAAAACAAAUAAAAUAUUUUUAAUUACUGUAAAAGUGAAAAUAAUAUAAACAAUUUAAAUGUUUACUAUUUUUAAGUUUUACAUUUUAUUUAUAAGUUAAAAGUACAGCAUCUUUUAGUAAAAUACUAUUUUGUUGUAUUGUGUUUUUGUAACAUACAUUAAAGUUGUAUGAUGACAUUAAUGUAUGUAGAAAUUCUUAAUAAGAAAUAAUUAAAACAAUUAUUUUUCA